AGGUUCACGCGUAUAUCAUUAGUUCAUUACGAAAGGAAAUGCCGUCCGUUUUUGGCAAAGAGUCCAAAAAGAAGGAAUUGAUUAAACAUUUGGGAAACAUAUUCACGGAAAUAGAGCGCGAAUACGGGGUUCCGAUCGGAGACUUCCCAGACUUACACGAAAUGCAGGAAAAGCUGAUGCAUCACGACUUCACGAAAUUCCAUCCAUUGAAGAAACCACUGCUCGACGCCGUCGACUCUAUGCUCGCCAACGAUAUCGCGAAACUUAUGGCAAUGAUUCCUCAGGAACAAAUCGAUACGAAAGAGGAGACAGUAGUAAAGGGCGGUGCGUUUGAAGGCGUAAAGGAGUCUCCGUUUGGAUAUAUGCGGGGCGAAGGCGUGGACGCGGGCUCUCUGGACAAGGAAUGGAUUGUGGAUAAGGAUAGAGCGAAAUAUGAUGAGAUGUUCGACACAAUGGAACCGAUCGACGGCAAGAUUACGGGCGCGAAAGCCAAGUCAGAACUCGUCAAAUCGAAACUACCGAACAGUGUUUUGGGCAAAAUCUGGAAACUGUCGGACUUGGAUCGAGAUGGAAUGCUAGACUCAGAUGAAUUCGCAUUAGCCAUGCAUUUGGUCCAAAUUAAGCUCAACGGUCACGACUUACCCCAACAAUUACCCGACCAUUUGAUCCCUCCAUCAAAGCGUACUGUAAAUGGAUCUUAAGUUAUAUUUCAUUUAUAGUUGCAGUGCU